AUGGCCGCCGGUAGCGAAUGCAUGAGUGCAACCAUCAUCGUGGCUGCCACACAGUCCAUGGGGAUGAGCUACAAAACACGCAUGCCAUGGCCCAAGCUAAAGCGAGAAAGCGGCUACUUCGAAUCCACGACCACAAGAAGUAUAGGCCCGCAAACGAUGAAUGCCGUGAUAAUGGGCUACAAGACGUGGGACAAGAUUCCUACCAAGAGAUAUCCCGGCCGAAUCAACGUGGUCAUUACACGAAACCCAGAGAAGGUCCCGCCUCGGUUGCAGGGUGAUUUGAGGAGAGAGCCGCUUCAUGUAGCGACAAGUCUUGAGGGCGCAAUGGAGCUUCUACUGGAGACGUAUAGGGGAUCGAGUUCGAGCUCCUCAAAUAGCUCAUUUGGCAGCGACAAUUGGCUUCCCGCUCUGGGCCGCGUAUUUAUCAUUGGUGGCGCCGGGCUGUGUCAUGAGGCGCUGCGAAUGCCAUGGGUAGAUCGUCUACUACUUACACGGAUCGGAGCCGAUUUCAACGCGGACACAUUCUUUCCUCUGGAUAUUGAUGGUCGCGGGAAUGAUGAAUGGGCUCGACAAAGUGACCGGGCUUUUCAAGACUGGGUAGGGCCUGAUGCCCCGGAUGGCAUGCAGAUUGAGGAUGGAAUUGCAUGGGAGGCGUACAUGUUUACGCGGACUGGUGGCACAGUUUGUCGUAAUGGGAUAAAAUGA